CUCAGGGUAGGUGCAUGGACUGCACAUAAUAUUGUCCAUUCUUGUCGUACUUUUGCCCAUUCCUCCAACACGCGACCUCCCCCCGACUCUCCCCCUCUCCGUCAACACACUCAAAAGAAACGACCACCACAAACGACUCCCCACGUGAGUGUCUCUCGUCUCUCCCAGUGUCUCUCACUCAGAGAAAAAUAUACUACGAGGAGAUAUCAUAACUACUGAGUUAUCAUACUGACUGUACAGCGUCGUCUGCCGUACGAUCGUAGAUGUGUGGACCCAUAGAUGAAUGCAUUCAUAUAGAGAUCUGCAGACAUAUCAGGCCCUCGCCUCUGCCGUGGCGAGGACGAUGUCGUCCUCCAACUGGUGCCCGUGGAGGGCCUCGAUCUGCUCCUCAACCUCCUCCUCAUCUGCACACACACACACAUCCACAUACACAGCCACACAUUCGCACCAACCAACACCUGAGAAAAGACUUGGUGUGUGGUUCUUGUGGCAUACGUGUUGUGUGGGUCGCCCCGUUGAGCCACACGCGAUUCCCGUUCAGAUUGGCCGGCGGCACCGGUGCGGCCUCGCUGCCGCUAUUCUGCUCCUCCUUUGUGGCUGUGGGUGUGGGUGUGGGUGUGAUGGUCGCCAUUGGUGCCCCACCUUUGGCCUCGUACCAUGUCUCGGCCACUCGCGCGUCGACCUCGAGGGGCACCGAGAGGCCGUAGCGGGGGAAGGGGUGGCGCAUGACGUCCAACACGAUCUCACACGCAGCGGCCGCGUGAGCCUCAGGGCCCUGGCAGAUGGACAAAUGGAUAGAUGAGAUAUGUCAUGUGUGGCUGGGUAGUCGUGAUCAACACUGGCAGACCUCGAGUAGGAAUUCGUCGUGGACCUGCAUGAUGAGUGUGUAUCCCAUCUGCUUGAGGGCCGGGUGGUCCCGCAGCCGCAGCAUGGCCGCCAUGACCAGGUCGGCAGCUGACCCCUGGAUCACGUGAUUGACCGCCGCACGCUCAGACUUCUCGCGGAAACGCGCACACUUGUGACUGCACACAGGCAGGCAGACAGGCAGACAGGCAGACAGGCAGAUGCAUCGAGAGGGUGGGUUGAUUUGCGGCUUGUGAGGAUCCCCGCCCCCUGACUUGAUGAAUGGGAGUUUGCGCACGCGGCCGAGGAGGGAGCGGCUCUCGUUGGUGAAGCGCGCCUCGCGAACCAUACGCUGGCAGCCAGCAUCCGACAAGAGAGACACACAGACGUUCUGGCGAUGGGGGUGGGGGUGCAGAGGUACUUGGGUGGGUGGCCUACCUCUUUCCAGAGCUGCACCUCCGUCUUUUGCUGAUACCAACGAUCGAGGAAGUCCUGAGCCUCAACGUACUGAUGCGUGACGCAAUCAACACAGAGACACAUCGAGAACCGCCCGUGUGUCGAUGCGUGUGUGCCAGUAAGUGACCUUGCAGCCGAGGUCGUCAGCGAGUGCCGCAGGCCCCUUGCCGUACGCAAUGCUGAAGUUGAUCAUCUGAACCACACCCAAACACACACACACACAUAUAGAGCACACAACCAACGGAGUCGUCCGUGCGGGUGUCUCUCCAUCGAUGUGCGUGUGAAUUGGUGGGUACCUUUGCAACGCUCCUCUCGUAGCGGAACCUGUCCUUGACCGACGGCCGACCGUCCAACGCCCCGCCGCCCUCCGCAUUCCGGUCACACACUUCGCCUUUCUCAACAGCCAUGCGUACCUGCCCAGCCACACACACAAAUGUCCGCUUGCACGAAGCCUAUGUGUGUGUGUGUUGUGUGUGUGUCAUCUCGCGUACGUGUUCGAACAUUUCGAUGGCAGUUUCCGAGUGCAGGUCGGCCCCCUGCUGAAACUUGUCGAUGAGGAAGGGGCAGCUGCUGGCGUGGGCGAGCACACGCAGCUCCAGCUGGCUGUAGUCGGCAACAACCAGUCGGUGGCCUGCAUGAAAUGGGGAACAGGGGAAGGAACUCAUGGAUGGAUGGAUGUGUGUGUGUUGUGCAGGUGUGUGUGUGUUGUGCAGGUGUGUGGCAGCCAGGCAUCCAGACCUUCGGGAGCUUUGAAUGCCCGCCGGACGCCAUAUAUGUCGUUGUUCUUGGAGGGCUGGUUCUGUAGGUUGGGGCGGCGGGACACGAGCCGACCUGGGAGACACAGGGGAGACCGCGCACGGGCGAUGUGUUUGCGUGCUGGUCUGCCAUCUACCUGUGGCUGUGUCUGGCAGCAGGGAGGAGUGGAUGCGGCCCUCGUCGUCGGCCUUGGCCUGCAUUGAUCCACCAGCAACGGCCAGAACUGUGUGUGGUGGGGGCUUCAUGAUUGGUCGCGCCUGCCUGCAAGGGCCGUAUGUAUGACGACAGCAGCCGCCGCGCACGGACGGCCUCACGCAGGUGCCACAACCCCUUGCACGCCUGCACAUAACACAACCACAUCACAUCAGGAUCACAUCAGGAUGGAUGCAUCAGCUAUGGGUGUCGUGUUGUCACCUCAAACGCCCUCUCAGGUCCGAUCUUGAGCUCGAGUUGGUGGAAUGCCUCUCCCAGCAGCGGGGGGUUUCUGAAGGGCUCGCCGGCGAACCACCGCAGAAUCUGCUGGCUCGUCUUGGGCCAACCCGUCUCCGUCCACGCCGCUUUGGACUGAAUGAAUGAAUGAACCGCCAACAACACCCGCACAAACACUAUCCAUGUGCGUGUGCGUGUGUGUGGCCCCCCGAUGCAGCGGACCGGACCUUCUUGCCGGCCUUGACUUUGAGCCCGAUGCCUGUGAUGGUGAACGAGAUGUUCUUGGUGGCCCUGAUCUUGCCCUCGGCGACCUCCUGUCGCGUGUUGGGGGCCUGGAAGCUGCUGGAGGGAUUGAGUAUCUCGGACGUCUUGAGGUUCAUCUGCUGGUCUUCGGGCGGACAGUCGGGGUCGCCGUACAGAAACUGCCUGCACACACACACACACACAGGGAGAAGGCGUGUUGUCUUAGGUGUUAGGUGUUAGGUGUUAGGUGUUAGGUGUUUGGUAUGUGUGGCACCUGAUUUGCAUGGCACUGAUGAUGUUGAUGCAGUCUGCCCGCGGGUUCAGGGGCUGCCGAUCGGAGCCCUCGAAGGACUGAGCCCAACGGACAAACGCAUCCUGGUGGCUCUGGGUGACAUGAGACAUACAUGCAGAUGUGUGUGUCAGCCAUCCAUCCAUCCAUCUAUUUGUGGGCGGUUUGUGCUGAGUGACCUGUGUGCCCAUGGCGGCCUCGUGUUCGAUACGCUUGAGGUGCUGUCUGUCGAGGUACAUGCCCUUCUCCUCAAUCUCACACAACAACCCACCCAACGGCGUCCAAUACGUCUGCACACACACCCACCCACCCACCCACCCACACACACAGACAGAGAGAGAGAGGGAGAGAGAGAGAGAGAGAUCCAGCCAGCCAUUCGUCCAUAUGAGACAUACAUUUUCCCUCAGCCCACCCACUCACCUGCACGAAGUCCCACAUGUUCUUGCCCGUCACCUUAUCCUUCUCCCAAUGCCGCUUGCCCAGCACGGCGUCACCCACUACCACAGCUGUCCCCUCCCCCUCUCCCUCUCCCACCCCACCCCCAAUGCCCGCAUGCACCUCGGUCAGCCACUGCUGGUCCUGGAGUAUCUGGCGGAAGUGCUGGUAGAGAAAGUAGGCGCCCCUGGCGUCCUCACACCCGUACCGCACCCACUUGAUCAAUGUCGGCUCGUCCGCAGAGUCGUGCACGUCCUGCGCGUCACGACCGCCGAAAUGCUUCCUGCGUCAGUCGUCAGUCGGACACACGAUAGACGAUACGUGUGUCCAGGCCCUUCCCCUCCCCCCCAUUGUGUGUGUGGCCUACUUGAAUUCAUCGAUGGUGACGCGGCCACUGACGUAGUGCUGCGUGAGGCUCUUGAGCGAGUAGGGCUUGCCCGACACAGCAGGGGGCUGGGAGGAGCCCGCCGCCUUCCUGCCGGCCUUCUUGCCCCCCUUGCCCUUGCCCUUCUCCCCCUGACCACCGCCACACAUGAUCGAGUACAUGCGGGCGGCCCCGAUGCCGCCAUCGAAGGUGAAGCGGACCGUGGAGCUGUGGCCCAUCUUGCGCCUCAGCAGCCCCUCCUGCACCGCAUCCCUCUCGUCCUCAAGGAUGCCCUCCCCCUCCCCCAGCUCCCUCUGCAGGUCCUCCUCGUCUUUCUGCCGCACGCGCCGCUCCCACGAGGAGAGGGAGGUGUCUAUGAGCCGGGCCAGGUGCCAUGUGUCGGCCUCGAAGCCCUCCACGCCGAUCUGCUGGCGCUUGAGGAGGUGCCGGUCGAAGGAGAAGUUGUGGAAGACCUUCCUGAAGAUCGGGUUCUCGAAAUACUCCUUGAAGGCCAGCAGCCACUCCUGGCCGCCCUCCCCCUGGUUGUCGAUCCACAGAAAGGGCCCGCUGCCGAAAUCCACCUCCUCGCCGGCAUAGCAGGAGCCGGACACCACUCUGCCGUGACUGACGGGGCUCUGCACCGUCGGCAGGAUUUCAGUGGCCUCGACGUCCCACGCGUGCGCCCUCUCCCUCAGCGCAUCACAGGUCAGCACCUCCAGCGCCUUGCAUGCACUGCUGCGGUCGGUGACCAUGGUGAUGCCGGAGGUCCGCCUGAGCUCAUGGUCCGAUAUGCAAAGACCCUUCUGGGCGAGGCGAUGGCGACGCUGGGCGGCCGAGAGGGUGGCGAAGCGGGAUGCAGAGGUCCCGGGAAGCACCCGGGCGAUGCUAUUCACCUUCAAGAGACCCAUUACUCACUCCGGAGGAUGAGCCAUUCCUUUGUUUGCCUUCAAAC